AUGGUCGCUCUGGGAUAUGCACUUAUAGCUGCUUCUACAGGAGUACGACUUGGUACUCCAUCGAAACCUGGUGUAGCACUUGCUUUAUCUCCUGAUGGCUCAUGUGGUGGUAGUUCUGGAUAUCGAUGUGAUACCGGUGAAUGCUGCUCGCAGUAUGGUUAUUGUGGAACUACUGCCGCCUAUUGCAGCGUUGGAUGCCAAAAAUCUUUUGGUAUCUGCACUGGCGCGACGAGCACGUCCAUAGUGGUGACCUCUGCCGUGCCAUCCUCUGCUCCACCAUCCUCUGCCGCGCCAUCCCCUACCGGAUCGCAUCCAGUAUCUCCUGACGGUACAUGUGGUGCUAAGUUUGGAUAUCAAUGUGAUAUCGGUGAAUGCUGUUCGCAGUAUGGUUAUUGUGGAGUUACUAGCGAUUAUUGCAGUGUUGGAUGCCAAAACGGUUUUGGUAUCUGCACCGGCACCGGCACGACGACUAUGUCCAUAGUGACCUCUGCUGCAUCAUCCUCUGCCGCGCCAUCCCCUACCGGAUCGCACCCAGUAUCUCCUGACGGUACAUGUGGUGCUAAGUUUGGGUAUCAGUGCGAUAUCGGUGAAUGCUGUUCGCAGUAUGGCUAUUGUGGAGUUACUAGCGAUUAUUGCAGUGUUGGAUGCCAAAAUGGUUUUGGUACUUGCACCGGCGCAACUACUAUUACUGGCACAUCAGCAUCUGCUACUUCAACCUCGACUUCACCUGCCUACGUUCCACCCAAUCCCAAUUUGUCUGCCCCUAUCAUCACUACUUGCAAGAGUCCAAAACAGUUUGCCCUGACUUUUGAUGAUGGACCGACCACCAAUGUGCCUGCUAUUUUGGAUAUGCUUAAAACCAACAAUGUCAAAGCAACCUUUUUCGUGAAUGGCAAGAACUUUGCAGAUCUUGCCCUUGAGCCUUAUAUUUCUAUUCUCCGUCGUGCAUACACUGAAGGACAUCAGAUUGCCUCUCAUACACUUACCCAUCCCGAUCUGACUUCAUUGAAUGCAGCUCAAAUGUGGACCGAAAUGUCCCAGAACGAUAUUUUGAUUCGCAACAUUAUUGGUAAAUCACCCGUUUACAUGCGUCCACCAUAUGGUAGCAUAAACGCGCUUGUUCUGAGUGCCAUGGCAACUUGGGGAUACCAAGUAGUGACCUGGAAUCUCGACUCGGGUGAUUGGGCCCACAAUAACGAUUCCAACAUGAUUGCUGAGAACGAUGCUAGUUAUGCCAAUGACAUGGCUGGACAUCCUAUUCCGGCCACACCAUUCAUUUCUCUACAGCACGAUUUUGUUAUAAACGAGAUUAAUUGGGCUCUACAUGUCAUUACCAAGUUUAAAAAUCUUGGUUACAGUUUUGUAACAGUUGGCGAAUGUCUUGGCGUUCCUGCUUCCCAAUGGUACCGAUAGUUUGACUGGUUGAUACAUUUUCAAUAAACUCUGCAUGCUACUU